GAAGAAGCAGCUGAAGCGACAGACUGCGGGCUAAGUUUGUCCGCCCUGGCUUCCCAUCAGGAGUCGACUGGGCUUUGUUUCAUUUAAGACCAAACACCCGUCGGUGUCGCUCUGAAAUUCACACCCAAAGUAGAGGCGCUAGAAACGGUUAAGCACGUUCGUGACAUUUUGGAUAAUUUGUGUAGACACUUAGAAAGAGACGAAGGGAGGGAGAGGGAAAGUGAGGCUGAGCGGACGACCCCAAAGGUGACACUUUGCUGCUAUGUUUGGUACUUGUUGAAUAGGCUGUGUGUACAUACACAACAGGACCCUUUGUGGGCAGCGUGCUGGGAACAGCCUCUUCGCGUACUCCUGCCUUUGUGUCCCAUUUCAAUUCGUCAGACAGUAAACAACCUGUGUGGUGCCAGGGUCUUCUGUAUCACCAUGAGACAGUGACAGAACAGGGACAGUGAUGGCAGAGCUGGAAAUUGACCAGACCAACCUCCCACCUGUCCAAGACGUGAACCUCAUCUCAUUCUCAUCAUCCAUGACGCCAUCCGGCAAAUCUUCAGCAUUGUGCCAGUGUUUUGCUGUGCUGGAGGAUGGAGUGUUGGCACACAGCCUGCAGGAACAGGAGAUCGAGCAAUAUUAUACCACCAACAUCCAGAAGAACCAGCUGGUGCAGAAUGACAUCCGUGUAGCUAAAAGGCUACAGGAUGAGGAAGAGGAGCAGUGGGCCCAGCAGAGCGCCCUCCUCAGACAGGCCUCCAGACAGCUGGAGGAGGAAGACUUUGAGUAUGCCCGUUUGAUCCAGGAGGAGAUCCUGCGUCGCGCUGAGGAGGCCCAGAGGAGGGAACAGGACGAUGAGGAAAUAGCCAAACGAAUGCAGGAAGAAGAGAGGGAGAGAAUCAUUAGGAGGAGCAGAAGGCAGGAGGGCCACAGUGAAGGUAGCUCCUGUGAUCCUGCACUGCCACCCCUACAGCAGCACACACUCAGCAGCCCUCACCAAGGAGAGGAGCAGUACUCACCUAGCACCACCAGGUGGCAAUGUUCUACCUCUCAAAACCAUUCAAACUUCUCUGAACCUCAGGAUGACUCCCUCAGGGGCUUAGCAGCUCAGAAAAAUGCAAGUUCAUGGUCAAAUCAAGGACAUGCAGAUUCCUUUAGGCAAAUCAGGAGUGAACUGAGAGAGCCUUUGAGCGAGGAGUCAGAGGACUCCGACACAGUUUUCUGUGAGCAGCCCUCUGCCUUGUCCCAAAGACGUAAUGAGAGAUUCAACACAGCACCUCCUCGACAGCAAGUAUCUUUACAUCAGCAGUGUGAGAGAAGGUACAGAAGGCUUCUCCCUCACAGCAGCCUCACAGAUGAGCAGACAGUGUGGGAGGAGGGAAGAACAGGGUGGAAUGUGGACUAUUACGAAAGUGGUGACCAAGAGAGGAGGCCUACGAAUAGGCAUCAUGAAAUGAGGCACAGAGAGGAGUAUGAGGGUUUAUACAGGAACAGAGAUCAGGAUAGAGACUCUAGGUGUGGCGAGGCAAGAGAAAGGCGAUGUAGUCGCAGUGAAUCUGUCAGGGUACGUGGCAGGAGUAGACACAGCAGCAGAGACUUGGCGAGAACCUGGAGCUAUAAGGACAACCCUGACAAACAUGUCCAUUUUCAGGAUGACACCAGGAGCUCUAACAGGCAACAGGAUGAAAGCAGCAGUGUCUGGGAGAUGCUAGGCCAUGUCCUCAGAGAGAGGGGUGUGCCUGUGAGGCUUGGCAGCAACGGGGCACCACUACAAAUAAGACUCCACAGCAGAGACAGUCAGGUGCUUCAUGGGAGUGAGGCCUCCUGUGGCGACUCCCAACCACAUCAGAGAGGCUUCCAGAGAGCUGCCACCACCAGGCACAGUUUCCAUGGAGAUAUCAGGGAGAGGAGGAGAUCGUCACACCGGGAGAGCAGUGGGAGAGAUCACAGAGAAGACCGAAACAGGCACCAUAAUAUUGCAGAGCAUGAUGGAGAGGUGUGUGAGAUUAGCAGUAGAGAUUCAUAUUUUGCUAACAGAGAAAGACGAGGCAGUAGAAGGUGGAGAGAGCGCGGAUGCACCACUAAUGCAAGCGAUUGUGUCAAGAGGACAACAAGUGAAAGAAGGUGUUCGCAAAAUAACACUGAAGAACAGUUAAGCUCAGAGGAGGAGCAGGAGGUGCAGGGGAGAAGAGAGCAGCCCCGCCGAAGAGCCACACGGCGUAGCCAAAGCCUCAGCAGCAGUGGGGCUUCAACCAGGCGUAGGUCAAGGCCCAUGGCAGCAGGAGCCUCCCUGCCGCCAGAGCUGGGUGAGGAAAGACUUGAUCUGGGUGAGCUGCAGCAGGUCCUACAGGAUGAAGAGCUGGCUCAAAAGCUGCAGGAGGAAGAGGAAAAGCUGUUGAGGAGGAACUCUCAGCUCCCUCCACCUAGUUCUUACCCAGAGGGGGACUUCAGAGUAGCGCAAGUGGCUCAGGAUGAGGAAAUUGCACAUUUUAUACAGAAGCAAGAAAUUAGGUCAAAGCGUCGAUCACGUGAGCUAGAAGGGCCAGCAUCGUGGCGAGAGCACAGAGCGAUGAUCAGUCAUCACGACAGACGAGCUGCAAGAGACCGACAGGUCCAACGAGAGAGGCUUGACUCAGAGGGCCUUCCUUCCCCCACUGAGGACUGCUCCCCAGAGAACCAGCCACCCAGCCCCACGUCCACCACACCACAAGCCCAGCAUAUCAGAAAUAUCGCUGAAGAGCUGGACCCAACCUUCCAGGCCAGAAGGCAUGGCACAGAGAGCCUCAGAGUGGGACAGCCAGGUCCAACCUGUCAGUCAGUUCCCAUGCAGCAUUCAGGCCUACAUGACUUCCUCGAGGAGCCUACCUUCAUCCCACCCACAAAACGGCAAACAGACAAAUCAGGACGCACUAAACCCAAAGAGAAAAAGGAAAAUUGCAAGCAACAAUAGCUUUUUUUUUCCCUAAUACAUUAUGUUGUUGGACUACAUAUAUAUUUCAUAACACUAUCAGUGACGCCGCAGAGUUCUCAUUGCUUAUUAUUUUAAGUUUGAAAAUGAUGAGAAUUAAGUUCUCUCUACCAGCCACCCUUAGUAGCACUUUAGACCAGUGGAACAAACAGAAACGUUUAAGAUAUUUCUUCAUUAACUGAAUACUAACAACACUUUGGACUCAUGCCUUUCUCAUUUUCAAAGGGAAAAUCGCGGUUUAUGGAUGUAUUGUUUGCAUUCUUCAGUGUUAAUUUAAACAGUAUAGCUUUUUAUUAUUGUAUUUGUAGCUUUUAUUUGUUUUUAUUUAGUUAAGCAGUAAACUGUUAGCAUCUGAAAUAUCAAAUGAGUUCCUGGUUACUGUGAUAACCCUAGAAGGAGAAGAUGAACUUUAUUGAUCCCACAGCAGGGAAAUUCACUCAAGUGACGUUAACCUGAGUGACGUGGUUUACUGACAGGAUACUUUUGGAUCUGCCAGCAUUGUUACACAUUAGUCUGGCACACCACCAGGUAACUUUAUGAUUAAAGCCUGUGACAAUCAAGUGAAAUUUUCCCCUUAUUAAAUGGAAAUCCCAUUUGUAGUAAAAUCAUAUUACAAGCAUCAGCAAAAUACAAAAUUGCUGUUACAUUCGGAUGUAAAUAUAUUCUCUGGUGGACAGUAUAUGUAAUAAAGAAAUCUAUCCACUAAUAAUCUGUCCACUUAAAACAGUGUUUUUGUAUAUUUCAACAGGUGGGUUUUUGUCCGUCCAGAGACGAUUAUCUUUCCCAACAACAGAUUUGAUUUUUACGCACAUUUAACUAUUCACUGGUCUCAGUUUUUGUCUUUUGUUUUUGUAUAACCAUAUUACUCCCAAAUUUGAAACACUCUCUGUUGUUUUUGUUUGUAUGUUUGUUUGUUUUUUCUUUUCUUUUUUACAUAUGCAAUAUGCCACUGCUUAGGUGGACCACUAUGAAUGCAACCGCUCUGUAUGGAAAAAAAGUGCAACAAAUAAAAAAAAUACAUCAUU